UGAUGCGUAGCUUGCUUCGACCUCAUCUUUUGUUCCUGAUCAUAUCACACUCGGCCAAUUCGCAAUAAAUCUGCUUGCUUGCUGGUCAGACUGCUCAAAGAAUCAGCAUACCCCCCAUGGCUUUGUUCGUAGCACAAUAAAUUCCGGUGCAUACCACGCCCCCCCUCCACUCCACGCCAACUCUCCACCUGUCCCGUCAAAACACCUGCUCGAAAUGCGGCGAUGGGGGCAUCGGAUAGCAAGCUAGCGUUCAAGGAGGACAUCUUCCGCCUCGCGGGAGAGGAGGCGAUCGCCAUAGACAGUUCCUGGUGGUUGCGCUUCAUCCAGCUGCCCGAGACUGCCGAAGAUGUCCAGACCCUCUGGUCGCCCAACGAUCUCCGCGACCUGACCCUCAACACGCCCUCCGAAAGGCCCUCCUCCCACACCCAGACCGCUCCAAAGAAGAACGCGGAGACGCUGAUCUACCGCACCGUCAGCCGCCUGCACGCCCUGCAGACCAAGAGAGUCUUCGACGACCCUCUCACGCCGAUCGCCCCAGAAGUGCUGAAUUGCGUGCGCAUCCUCACCCGCCUGCUCCCUUAUAUCUACGAAGCAGACUACCUCUCGGACUGGGAAGAUCAGUUCUUCUGGCAGCCGCGUAGGCCAGUGUCCUACCCCGACCCCAAGAGCGACAGUCGGCGGAUAUACGUUGAUGGACUGAGCGGCGCGGCCGUGCCGGAGGAGAAGAAGAACAGCAAUCUUGGUCCCCCGCUCGGAGAGCAGCUGAUAGACAUCUUGACAAAAUACCUCUUCUUCCCGGGGAUUUGUUUGCCGGCGAAGAAGGAUGCAAAUGGCGUGCCGGAGCUCAAGCCGAUAUACACGGUCUGGCAGAGUGGCAUUGGGGCUCAGAGGGGUGCUGCGAUGACCAAGGACAAUGAGAAGAAUGCAGUUGAAGUGCUGCGGCUGCUGUUGGUGCUGGCGGGGAGGUCCUUGUAUUUUGCUCCAGGUGUUGUGGCGGAGAAAGACAUCAAGCCGCUCACAUAUUUGGCGACACAAGCUGAUCGAGCGGUGGUGCUCAACACCAUCUGCUCGUUGUUGAACACGGCCCUUAAGUACAACCAGAACCCCUGGUCAUUCCCCAUCGACCUCGGGGCGGCAACCAAAGACUCGAAGCAGCCGCUGGUCACCUGCUGUCUUCAGUUCUUGCUUGUCCUUAUCACGUACCCGGUUCCGGGUAAUGGGGCGAACGAGUUCCGCAAAGCUCUUGGUCGACUGCACCGGGCCGAGGACUUCCAGUUCAUUGUCGAGGGAUUGAGGCAAAUCCUCAUGCAGCCGACAACAGGUAUGCUCCGUCUCACCACAACAGCACCACCCAUCAUUCCCGAGACACUAGCGCUGUUCUGGGAGCUGCUGCAAUGCAACAAGCGCUUCCGCAGCUAUCUGAUCGACACCGAGCGCGCUCGAGACUUCAUCGUCCUGGUCCUCUUCUACGCCAUCGACGGCAAGGACGAUCCGGCCAAGCAGAGUGUUGUGCGGACGUGCGUCUUCAUCCUGCAGACGUUGAGUGUGGAGGAGAAGUUUGGGCCGAAGCUCAACGCUCUGUUCACGGCGCAGGACACGCUGCCGAGUGUCUUGCAGAUUCCCAAUUUCCACGGUAGCUAUGCCGAUUUCCUGAUAGGGCACAUUCACGCGCUCCUCACCAGUAGCAAUCGUGGCCUCGAAUCUCUGCAUCCGGCUUUGCUCGCGGUCAUCAACAACAUUGCGCCUUAUGUGCAGGGCUUGCAGCGGGCUACGAGCACGAUGCUGAUGCAUGUCUUUGUAUCGUUUUCGCAGCCGGCGUUCUUGUUGGCCAAUGAGUCGAAUCAUCUUUUGCUGUUUUCGCUGCUGGACGCGAUGAACGCGAUUCUGGAGCAUCAGUACGACGAGAACCGCCGCUUCGUGGACGCAGUCGUGAAGGGCCGCAAACGGUUCGAGGCGCUGCGAGACUUCACCGUGGAGGGAGCAGAGGCCGAGAUCGACCGUAUGACGCGGGAACGCAAGGAUAUCGGGGAGUCUGCAGCCGGCCGAGCAACAUCUCACGAAAGCGCUCGGGACGCCACAUCACCCCGGACCACGUCGCUGGACAUGGUGCCGGAGGACUCUGCAUUUGCGAUAGGAGACGAAGACGAUGAAGAUGACGAAGGUGACGGCGAGUCCAAUCUGCCCAGCCACGACACGUCGACGCGAGCGAGCAUGUCGAACGAUGCGUUGGAGGACGCGUUGCCGCUGCAGUCGCGCAGUAUGAGUGAGAAAGCACGGGGCAAGCAACCCGUGGGCCUCGCCAACUUCUCCCGCUCCACCUCACGCAACACCUCCCACACCAGCCUGGCUUCACUCAUUCGCCUGCAAACCCGACAGUCACUCCAACCAUUCACUCCUGAUUACCAGUGGCUCCAUACCUGGUCACCGCACCUCCCCCUUCACACCAUCCUUCAGCUCCUCGAAGAAGAAGAAGAUGGCGGCCGGGCUCGUCCCAGCAAAACUCCUGCGGCCGGCAACGCCGUCUCCUCCACCCUGCCCGCCGCCCCCUCCCAACACGCCGGCAUGAGAAGCAGCGGAACAGCGCCCGCACUCGAAGUCAAAGUCCAAACGUUCCGAUGGACGAGCGCGGCGCUGGGAUGGUACCUUUCGCUGCUCUGGGGCCGCGUUUACGCCGCCGACACGGCGAGAAUCUGGGCGGGCACGAAUGUGCGGCUGUUCAACGUCGUGGCGCAGCAGAGCCGGAUCAGCCUGAGCAGCCCGAAGGGCGCGGUGGAUGCGGUGGGCGACACGAUUGCGCGGAGGAUUGGCGGGCUGUCGCUCCGUAGCCCCCUGACCUCGAGAGAGGUGUGAAUCCCUUUGGCUGCUUGCGCGGCGCGUCUCCUGCUCUACAUUUCUUUUUGUGUGAGGUGGCAGCAGGUGAGUGGUUUGGGAGGGUUCGUUUGUGAAUGCUUCAUUGGGAUGUGGUUCUUCCGGCGAGUCUGGGUCUUCUCUCAAGCCGCCGCCGACUUCUCUACAAACACCCACUCUCUCGCUUCUUCUAUUUCCUUGACCAGAGCGCUCCAAUCCCCAGCAAAGCGCGGGAUAUGCUCGGUGGCAUACCAUUGGU